CAAGCAUACUGCGCCCACGGCCCAUCUCGUUUUACAGCUCUGGGCCAACGAAGCCUAAUUGUCCAUAACGCAUUAUAAAAACUCUUGCGCCUCAUGAGAUGUAGGGUUAGGGUUUUAUAUAGUUGCUGCGUCUCAUCAUCUCCAUCGUCUCAGACCCUCUGCCGGAGUUGCUGUCGUAUUCUAUCGGCAAUCAUGGGGAAGACACGAGGUAUGGGAGCUGCUCGCAAGUUGAAGACCCACCGCAGGAAUCAAAGGUGGGCUGACAAGGCGUACAAGAAGUCUCAUCUUGGGAAUGAAUGGAAGAAACCAUUUGCUGGCUCAUCCCAUGCUAAAGGCAUUGUCCUUGAAAAGAUUGGUAUUGAAGCCAAACAGCCAAACUCUGCUAUUCGAAAGUGUGCCAGGGUUCAACUUAUUAAGAAUGGGAAGAAGAUUGCUGCUUUCGUUCCGAAUGAUGGUUGCUUGAACUACAUUGAAGAAAACGAUGAGGUGUUGAUUGCUGGAUUUGGUAGAAAGGGUCAUGCCGUCGGAGAUAUUCCUGGGGUCAGGUUUAAGGUUGUGAAGGUUUCAGGUGUCUCCCUUUUGGCCUUGUUCAAGGAGAAGAAGGAAAAGCCAAGAUCUUAAUUUUGUGAACCCUCCUUCGGCCAUAUUAUGUUAUGUUGUUAAAUAGAUUGGAACUAGUUUUGCUUUGUUGUUUCCUUGUUAUGGAUGUGCUUUCAUAUUUCCUUCACUGUUAACGAAUUUUGUCAUCUCUUCUAAUUUAAGAAAUUGAGGUUGAACCAUGUCUUGAAGUUAUCUCAUUUUAUGUUAUGGAGUUUAUUUAAUGGCAAUCCUUUGCUUAAUUCAUAAGAACGGGGGUUGUGCACAGGUUUGGUUUGAUCUAAUUUAGUCCUAGACCCGGGCCGGUCGGGCCUCGGGUUUUUUGGAGGAGGCCCCGUAUCGGCCCGGGUAGCCACUGGGUCUGGUCCGGGUUUGGGCCGUGCUGGGCCUCGGGUCAAUUUUUUUUUCAUUUCCUAAUUAACCCCCUACCCCCAAUCACCCCAAAUGGCCCAAAAUACUCAGCCCAACCCGAAAAUAUAAAAAAAUUGAAAAAAAAAAUUAAAAAGCCUGGAUACGGGCUUGAACCGGCCGGUUUGGCUUUUGGGUGACCCGAGCCCGCACCAGAACCCCCCGGACUGGGCCUACUCGGACCGGUCAUUGGUAGGGGCCACUGGGCCGGGCCGGUUCAGCACAGUAUCGGUCCCGGGCUGCUUUUGGGUCUGGCCACCCGGCCCGAGUCCAAGACUAAUCUAAUUGAAUCAAAUUGAAAAUUGGUACUUUAGUUUGCUUUGAGUUUGUCAGGAAACUGUUUGGUAUUACUUUGUUC